AUGGCCUGGUUCAACGCCAUUAUUCAGGGUGUAGGCCCUGCAGUAAACUGGGCGAUUUCAAACGCCGGCGACAUUGCGGGCCUCCUCCGUUCAAUUAAAAAGGUCUCCGCGUUGCACAUUCCCAGAGAUGCCGCCGAAAAGGCCGAGUCUCCUACAACCUCCGGGGACUACUUUAAAACCUUCCUCACAGCCGAGCAUUUUCUUCUGAAAGAGGCCAAGGACAAGGUAAAACAAAAGGAAGUCGAGCAGGACUGGGGCGAACCGAAUGAAGGAAAUGCCAGUACCACCACGAGAAAUUUAUGCGGCCUGUGGACAAGCCCAAGUGUCUUCACUAGUGCUAGUAAAGAGGUCCCUGAAAUGUAUCGUGAUCUGGUGAAACUUUUGGCCGAAAUGGGAGUUCCCACAGUUAUAACACGCCAUGGCGAAGAAAAGGACGUGGCCGAGUUUGUUUCACAAGCCAUAUUUUCCUACAAGCCCGAACCGCCUUCGAAGAUCUCCCAGUUUGAUGCAAGCAAUGACACUCAUUUCCCUCAUUAUGCAAUUGCACUCCGAGAUGACCAUAAUUCAUGGCAACUCUUUGUCGGCCAUGUCUACUAUGCGAUUCCCAUGGGCAGAUCAGGGACCGACAACAUUUGGCACGGUGCAGUCCACGUCAAAAUGAUUGCUCCGGAUUAUGUCCGAUAUAGACACGCACAAGAAAUGGAGGAGUUUAGAUUCAUGGAAGAUAUAGAGCCCAUGGCCGUGGAUGCUUGGCUUGUCACUUUCCAGAUAGCAUGGAAAGCGGUUAAGGUGGCGCGAAGGGGUUACCAAUUCCUCAAAGAGGUCUUGGACGAUAAGGAGAAAAAGGCGGAAUAUAAAGUGAAAUUCAAUUUCCUCGAUGGACAGCUGCAGACUGUCAAGAUCCAGGCCUCGGCUAACGAUAAAUCUCCAGCGGAAAUAUUGUUCUACCUUCAAGAGAGCGUUGCUGACGCUGUGGUGAGGAUGAACAAAGGCCCCGAGAGCAUGUCCUUGGAAAUUGCUGCCGCCAAAGGAACACAGUACCAGACACCACACGUCGCCCUCAUGGAUUCAACCCUCGUUACGGCAGAGCCUUCGUUAGUUGAGAAUGUGGUCGUGGUGACUCGCUGA